UCCUUCAAGUUCCUACACUUUCGUUUUCGUUGGGGUCUCUGCGGCUGGUCUGCUGUCGCAGCUUUCUGCUCUUUUCCUUCAGUAUUAUCCUGCACGUUGUGAGCCACGGCCUGCAUGAAGAGGACUUUACUGACCUUCCUUGCCCUUUUAUCAGAAUCAGAUGCCAGUGCUGUUCCAAGUGCAUAGGAUUCUCUGUCCUUUGAUGUCAUUUUUCAAUGCUGGAAGCAGUGUGCUUGCUUUUGGCAGUCUUGUGUCAUUUCCGCCCUUCCAUUUCACAAACUGUGAUCAAUGGAGUCCUCCAUUCUGAUGUACUGCUACCUUUUGUUUUUACUAAAAAUGGGAAUUCAAUAGACCUAAAGUUCAUCAGAGCAAUCUGGAAAAAAAAUAAUAAGGAGCUGGUGAGAUAUGAAUCUGAGAAAAUGGAAGUGGCCAAAAGGGGGGAGCUGUCUGAAGCGGGGCUGCGGCACGGUAACGCCUCCCUCAUCCUUCUGCAGCUCCGUAUUGAAGAUGAAGGGGACUACGAAAGUGAAGUGAACUAUGCUUCGGAGCACUACAAGAAAAACUUAAGGCUCAAUGUUAUAGCUUCUCCAAAAGUCUCUGUGAAGCCUCUGGUGGUGAUGGAUGUGGUGAAUGUAUUGGAGUGUCAUGUGGACAACUUCUAUCCAAGUGAGAUCUCCAUAGAGUGGCUUAAAGCUUCCCGUCCUCUUCCUUCUCAAGUUAAACCACAGCCGAAGCGCAAUCCUGAUGGCACCUUCAGUGCAGUGAGCCGUUAUCACUACAUCCCGACUCAUGCAGAUAGUGGUGUGACCUUCAGCUGCAGAGUGAGGCAGGAAUGUCAGGAGAGGCCACUGGAGGAGACCUUUUAUCUGCAAUUCCGCAAGCGAGCUUCUGUGAAGUUGACAUCCAUCAAUUUGCCGCAGAGUCAGAAGCUGAUCUCUUGUGUUGCUGAAGAUUUCUAUCCAGCAGAUGCCAAAGUGAUCUGGAAGAAAAAUGGACAUCCCAUCAACAGUACAGUGCAAGGGAAGGAUGGCAAGUUCAAAAAAACAAUAUACCAUAAGCUAGGAGCUACCGAGAUGGAAAAUGAGUACACGUGUGAAGUGAGUCAGGAGGGAUUCAAUAACUCACUGAGAGAGAACAGAUUCACACAGGAAGUUACAUGUGGAUGUGCAAGGCAGACAAUUGUCCUGACAGUAGCUGGGAUCCUGUUUGCUGAAAUUGUCCUGGGAAUGUUGUGCUACUUUAUUUACGUAAAGAAGAACUUAAACUGCAAAGGUUUGAUUAAAACUUCAAGUGGAUCCCCAGAACAGGCGCCAUGUUUAACAUCAGGGUACCAUCAAGCAAAAUUGAGAAAGCGGCCCUGGACUGUAUUGCAGAUCAUUACAGAACACAAUCAGGAAACUGAAAACAAGAAUGAGGGAACGCUGGCGAAGAACAAUAUGGAGCAGAAUAGUGCAGAAUCUUUUUCACAGUCAAGCAAUCCACUGCCGGAGCAUUCUGGAGCUGCCCAUGACGAGACGUUUGAGAAAAGCUAAAUCACAAUAAUCAGUAGGUUAAUUUUAGGCCCGGGAUGAAGUCUUUGUGAGGUCAUUAUAGGUUUGUACAGGUCAAUGUAUCAAUUAGGGUGGACAUACUUAAGCUACUCAAUUUUAGCCCAACUUACAAGCUCAGUACUAUAUCAUGAGAAAAUCACUGACAGUCAUAAAGUCGCUACUUGCAAAGUAUGUGGUAAUUUACAAUCCAAUCCAAAUGGCUUAUAAUCCUUCUUUUUUUUAAUGACCUGCCAAAAACAUCUGGGCACUGCCAAUGUGAGUUCAUCAGGUGUGAAAGAUCAUAUAAGCAGAAUCUGCAUUUCAGUGCCUAUUGACCAGUCAGGAAGCGAAUCCAUGUUUAUGGUAUUGCAAGUAUGACUGCAAGACAUUUGUAGAUGAAUGUGAAAACAAAUAUUUAGUGGAAAGAGAACCACCGACUCGAUAUCAUGAUCAGGUCUUGAGAGAAGGCAUUUUAAGAAAUAUUGCCCAGCAGCUACUAUAUAAACUCCAGGUAGCAUUGCAUGAUUCAACUUUUAACAGAUUAACAUAAUUUUUGUGUUUUUCUUUUUUCCAUUCCAAAUUGCAUCAGAGAAACUUCCACUUUCCACUCUGAAUCCAUUCUUCAUAAUCUCAAAUUGUGAGGGUAUGAGACCCUGAGAAAUAAUAAUAGCAAAAGAUUUAUUACUAUUUACAAGGUGUUUCCAACCUCUUGGUGGAAGAAAAAACUGCAAAGUAUCUUUACAGAUAAAGUGGAAACAAAAAAAGAUGCUCCUGUCGCACCCAGAGCAGCAACUUAUAACAAUGGAAUGAGACAAUCCUACACCGCAGCUUCAUGGCAUAACCGGUGUGUGCCCCAAAAUUGAAGCUCUGGGAGUGUAAUUGUAAAUAUAUUUUUACAUAUUGCUAAUUUGUGGCCAUUUGCUGUAUUUUGGUUGUGGUUAUCUUUCCAACUGUGGUUAGCACUGUUGCCUAAAAGCACAGAUCACAUUUUCUACUGUAAUAAUCAGUCAAGCAUUACUUGAAGAUGCUUCCCUACCCCUCUUGGACACGUAAAAGACCAUUACUCAUUUAUAAUCCACUCUAAGGCAGUUUAUUUCCUUAUUCUCCAUUUACUUCAUUGCAUUUCACAGGGUUCAGCCAUUCAGGGCAACUGGGCAACAGACAACUCGGCAAAAAGACAACUCGGCGACAUCCUUUACCAGUUAGGUAAUAGUUAGGUUCAAAGAGAUUUUUUAAUGAUAUUUAAAUGACAAUGUAGGGCACCGGAGAAUCCUCAGAAUCACCUGCUUUAUGAGAGUCCCAAUACGUUGAGAGUAAAGAUAUUCCUUAAGCCGUACUUGCAGGUCACCUUUUGUGUUCUCAAUAACGUUAUCAUACGUUUACAAUCAAUACAAUUUAUAUAAAGGAUUAGCAAUUUUGGUUGCAGAAGAUAAUGUAAGAUAGAGUUUGUUCCAUCUGCAGAAUAAAGUUCGUUCAUCAAUUAUAUAAAUUUAUUUUCAACAUUUUAAAUCACGUUGUCAUUUAAAUGUAAUUAUAUUAAAUAUAACUAUUACCUAACUAGUAAAGGAUGUCGCUAAGUUGUAUUUCGCCAAGUUGUUUCUUCGCUGAAUUGUCUUUCGCUGAGUUGUCUUCUCGCCAAGUUGUCUUUUCACCCAGUUGCCACCGAACCAAGUUCAGCGAAGGUCCAGAACAUUUCCACAAACUCACAACAAAGUCAACUCCGUCCUGUUCACCUGUCACGACUGUUACUGCUUGGUACAGCGCCGACUCUGUUAGGCAGCAUGCUAUUGGCUGUCACAAAAAGAGGCGUGCAUGACUGUGAUGAAAGAGCGGCAUUCGGCUGGUAAAGCAGACAUGCCCAUCAAUUUUUUAAUGACAUGGUCUGGUGACGAGAUCAGUGACUGCGGUUGGCAAAUCUAACAUACCCCACGACUAGAAGUCUCAUAAUGUAACAGCAGUUUUAGUCAGACAUGCAAGUGAAAAUUUCACUCUGCUACUGCUACUA